GGACCCACCCACUCACCUCGGAACAUGACUACUGCAGUAGGAAGCUACGAAGCCGGCUUCGGAGUACGGCUGAGAAUGUGGCUUCUGUGGGCCCUGUUGUUGUCGUCCUUACUGUAUGUAGUGUCUGGGGGUGCAGACUCCAAGGCUAUCACCACCACCCUUACUACCAAAUGGUCUUCUACACCACUGCUUCUGGAAGCCAGUGAGUUUUUGGCAGAAGAGAGCCAUGAGAAGUUCUGGGACUUUGUGGAGGCCAAUCAGAACAUAGAGAGAGAACAUGACGACACAGACCAGGCCUACUAUGACCUAAUUGUGAAAAGAGCCAGCGCCUUGCUCAGCUCCGUCCAGGUUAACAUGCUGAAGUUUGCCCUCUCUCUCCGAGCCUACUCCUCCACAGUAAACUCCUUCCAACAGAUAGCGUCCAACGAGCCCCCUCCCUCCAGCUGCACUGCCUUCUUCAACGUCCAUGGAGAGAAGUCUUGUGAUACCGAGAGGUUAGCAGCAUUGCUGGAAAUGGCACCUGAAAGGCCUAAGCCAUACAUUUUCAAAGGUGAUCACAAAUUCCCUGGCUCAAAUCCAGAUGCCCCUGUCGUAAUUUUGUAUGCUGAGAUCGGAAAACCAGAAUUCCACCGGCUUCAUCAGAUCAUUGUGACCAAAGUCAAUGAAGGCCUGGCGACAUACGUACUUCGUCAUUACCUGGCUAAUCCCAGUAGUAAGAAGGUUUAUCUCUCUGGAUAUGGAGUGGAACUAGCCAUCAAAAACCAAGAGUACAAAGCAAAAGAUGACACACAAGUCCAAGGAGAAGAAGUGAACGCCACGGUUAUAGGAGAGAAUGAUCCAGUGGAUGAGGUCCAAGGAUUCCUUUUUGGCAAACUGAAGACUCUGUACCCAGAACUGAAGGAGCAACUGAAGGAGCUGAGAAAACAUCUGGUGGAGAGCACCAAUGAAAUGGCACCUCUGAAAGUCUGGCAGAUGCAAGAUUUAAGUUUCCAGACAGCAGCUCGUAUCCUAGCUGCUCCUUCUGUUGAUGCACUCAUCGUCAUGAGGGACCUCAGUCAAAACUUCCCAACUAAAGCUAGAUCCAUCACUAAAACAGUGGUCAACUCCGAGAUCCGCAGGGAAAUAGGGGAGAACCAGAAGUUCUUCAAAGGAACCCUCGGGUUACAGCCAGGGGAUUCGGCUCUGUUCGUCAACGGACUGCACAUAGAUCUGGAUACACAGGACAUCUUCAGUGUAUUUGAAGUGCUGCGCGGCGAGGCCAGGGUGAUGGAAGGCCUGCGCUCCCUCCUAAUUGAGACUCCCUACAUACACGACAUCCUGAAGCUCAAUGUCCAGCCAUCCGACUCAGACUACGCCGUUGACAUCCGCAACCCAGCAAUCAAUUGGAUAAACAAUUUGGAGACAGACCAUAAGUACAGCUCAUGGCCCCACAAUGUGCAGGAGCUGCUCAGGCCGACCUUCCCUGGAGUCAUCAGGCAGAUCCGCAAGAACUUCAACAAUCUGGUAAUUAUUCUAGACCCAACCCAAGAAAACUCUGGUGAGCUAAUGAGUGUAGCAGAGAUGUUCUACACAAACAACGUCCCACUCAGGAUAGGACUGGUGUUUGUGGUGUCUGAUGAGGAUGACAUAGAUGGCAUGCAGGACGCAGGUGUGGCUCUGGUCCGCGCCUACAACUACAUCAGUGAUGAGGUGGACAGUCAGAAUGCCUUCGAAGCAGUUGUGACGAUGUUCAACCGGGUGCCCAUUGGUAGACAGCUGAGCAUUGGGGAUGUGGUGAAGGUGCUGGAGAAGAGGUUUCCCUAUGUGGAGGUCGGCAGUAUCCUGGGAGCUGACUCCAGCUACGACAACAACAGGAAGGAAGGGCGAGGUUACUAUGAGCAGACAGGUGUGGGCCCCUUGCCAGUGGUGAUGUACAAUGGCAUGCCUUACCAGCGAGAGCAGCUGGACCCAGAUGAGCUGGAGGCAGUCACCAUGCACAAGAUACUGGAAACCACCUCCUUCUACCAGAGAGCCGUUUAUCUGGGUGAGCUGGCCACAGAUCAUGAUGUGGUGGACUUCAUCAUGAACCAACCCAAUGUUGUUCCUCGCAUAAACCCCAGGGUACUGUCCACCAGCAGAACAUACUUGGACCUAUCUGAUACCAACAACCACUUUGUGGAUGAGUAUGCCCGCUUCCUGACCCUAGACACCAAGGAGAAGAGCACUGCUGUGGCCAACAGCAUGAACUACAUGACUAAGAAAGAUGAUGGCUACAUCCGUCCUGUGACCUUCUGGGUGGUAGGAGACUUUGACCAACCUUCUGGACGCCAGCUCCUCUACGAUGCCAUCAGACACAUGAAAACAAGUAACAAUGUCCGACUCGGAAUGAUCAACAACCCAUCCACCAGCCCAUCCACUGAGACAAGUCGCGUGGCCCGGGCCAUCUGGGCAGCCGUCCAGACACAGACCGCAAACAACGCCAAGAACUUUAUCACCAAGAUGGCGAAGGAAGAUACUGCCACAGCAUUGGCGAAAGGAGUGGAUGUCGGGGAGUUUGCCGUUGGGGGCAUGGAUGUUUCUUUGUUUAAGAGUGCAUAUGAGGGGCCUAAGUUUGACUUCCUGCUAUCCCACGCCGCCUACUGUCGAGAUGUGCUCAAACUGAAGAAGGGACAGAGAGCAGUCAUCAGCAAUGGAAGAAUCAUUGGUCCACUGGAAGAAGAGGAGAUUUUUAACCAGGAUGACUUCCUCCUAUUGGAGAACAUCAUCCUGAAAACUUCAGGGGAACGAAUCAAAAGCAAAGUCCAACAGUUUGGGAUUGAAGAGGACAGGGCCAGUGACCUUGUGAUGAAGGUAGACGCUCUGCUCUCCUCUCAGCCCAAAGGAGAGGCGAGGGUAGAAUAUGGCUUUGCUGAUGACCGCUACAGUGCUGUGAAGCUCCGCCCGAAGGAGGGAGAUGUGUACUUUGAUGUGGUUGCUGUGGUGGAUCCGGUGACCAGGGAUGCUCAGAAACUCGCUCCUCUCCUUUUGGUACUGAAGGAGCUGGUUAAUGUCAACCUGCGGGUGUUUAUGAACUGUCAGUCCAAGCUCUCCGACAUGCCCCUCAAGAGUUUUUACCGUCAUGUGUUGGAGCCGGAGGUGGCGUUCCAGGCAGAUGGUAGUUUCUCUCCAGGCCCCAUGGCUAAAUUCCUUGACAUGCCCCAGUCUCCCCUCUUCACCCUCAACCUCAACACACCUGAGAGCUGGAUGGUCGAAUCUGUCCGCACUCUCUAUGACCUGGAUAACAUCUACCUACAAGAGGUGGAUAGUGUGGUAGCAGCAGAGUAUGAGCUGGAGUACCUGCUGCUGGAAGGACACUGUUUCGAUGUGAGUACAGGACAGCCACCACGCGGCCUCCAGUUCACACUGGGAACCAGCUCUGAGCCUGUCAUUGUGGAUACCAUUGUCAUGGCAAACCUGGGUUACUUCCAGCUGAAGGCCAACCCAGGAGCCUGGAUCCUGAAACUGAGGAAGGGGCGCUCUGAUGAAAUUUACAGGAUCUACAGCCACGAUGGUACGGACUCCCCUGCCGAUUCUGAUGAUAUCAUAGUAGUGCUGAACAACUUCAAGAGCAGGAUUAUCAAAGUCAAGGUCCAGAAGAGGCCAGACAAGUUCAAUGAAGACCUGCUGAGUGAUGGGAUCCAGGAGAAUGACUCUGGUUUCUGGGAAUCUCUGACCAGAGGGUUUACAGGUGGAGUGAAGACAGAGGAGCCUAAGCAGGAGAAAGAUGAUGUCAUCAACAUCUUCUCUGUGGCCUCUGGUCAUUUGUAUGAGAGGUUCCUCAGGAUCAUGAUGCUCUCAGUUCUGAAGCACACCAAAACUCCUGUCAAGUUCUGGUUCCUGAAGAACUACCUGUCUCCGACGUUCAAGGAGUUCAUCCCUCACAUGGCAGAGGAGUAUGGCUUCCAGUAUGAGUUGGUUCAGUAUAAGUGGCCUCGCUGGUUACACCAGCAGUCGGAGAAGCAAAGGAUCAUCUGGGGCUAUAAGAUACUCUUCCUGGAUGUUCUCUUUCCUCUGGCUGUGGACAAGAUCCUGUUUGUGGAUGCAGACCAGAUUGUGCGCACAGACCUGAAAGAGCUUCGAGACUUUGACCUGGAGGGAGCACCGUAUGGAUACACGCCUUUCUGUGAGAGCAGGCGGGAGAUGGAUGGCUACCGCUUCUGGAAGUCUGGCUACUGGGCCAGCCACCUCGCCGGACGGAAGUACCACAUCAGCGCCCUAUAUGUGGUGGAUUUGAAGAAGUUCCGUAAGAUAGCGGCAGGGGACCGACUCAGAGGACAGUACCAAGGGCUCAGCCAAGACCCCAACAGCUUGUCCAACCUGGACCAGGAUCUGCCCAACAACAUGAUUCACCAGGUGCCCAUCAAGUCCCUGCCCCAGGAGUGGCUAUGGUGUGAGACCUGGUGUGAUGACGGCACUAAGAGGAAGGCCAAGACUAUAGACCUGUGUAACAACCCAAUGACCAAGGAACCCAAGCUCCAGGCCGCAGUGAGGAUUGUAGCGGAGUGGACCGACUACGACCAGGAGAUCAAACGCCUACAGACCAGAGUUCAGGAAAGAGCAUCUGAUAGCCACACUUCACAGCAAGACAAAGAUGGUCACACAGAGUUGUGAGUGUCCACCAGAGGCUGUGAUGAUUCAGUGACUGAAAUGGACUCUGUUUAAAGAGUCUGCUUCAUGAGAGAGGAUUCUCGCCUCUCUUCUGGAAUUGCUAGCUGCUGAGAGACUGGCCACAAACCAGUGCUGAAUGGCUGGACCUUUUCUUUUUUUCCCUUCGUGUUUUUUGGUAUUUGUGUGCAUCAUGGGAGGGUGCAAAUAUAGUGGUCGGGUAAAGGUCCAAGAGUUUGUGUGUUUGGGAGUGGAAGUCAGAAAUUAAUUGUGUAACAAAUCAAAGAGAAAAAUGAUUUCCUGUCCUCUCCAGGACUUUUUUUCCCCCCACAGUUUUCAUGUUUUGCCUGUGUAGGUUCAGAAGAGGAAUCAAGUGUGCGCACAACCAGAAAAAAACAUUUUGGUGCAAGGCAAAAAAUUUGCAAAACAAAGUACAAAAGAGUGAGCUCUGCACACUGAAAUGCUCCCAAUAAUUAUUUUAUUUCUCUUAACUCAGCAACUGCUAGAUCGAAAAAUUGCCAAGUUAAGAGAAAUAAAAUAAUUAUCGGGAGCAUUUCAAUGUGCAGACCUCACUCUUUUGUACUUGGGUCUGUGUAGGUUUGCAGCACUUCACUUGAAAAUAAUUUUAAUGCUGAGAUGAGCUCGGUCUUUCUGUUAAAGUAGAUGUUACGGUAUUCAGCUGAUGACAAUUGUCUGACAAUUGUUUAGUCCAUAUUAUUUCUAUGCAGGACUUGAAAAUCAUAAUCGCAUAAUUUUCAGGACUUGAAAAUGUUUUGGAAUUUGAAAAAUCUAAAAACAGUAUGGAAAAUAAUGGAGACAUAUUUGUAGAAUCGCUGCAAAUUCAAAUUGACACAUUGCUAAGAAUGAUCUCCAUCUAUAGAGAGAUGGCCUUGUUAAGAAUUACACAGCCCUGCCACUACCUGUGUAUAUAUUUUAAUGUGCAACAAGUUGUGUGGUUGGGGAUGAUAAAUAAAUCUUGUUCAUAUGAUGAAUUUGUUGAAUAAAUUUUUUAACGAUAUUUGAAGCAUCUUGGCGUCAUGUAAUCAUGACUGUCCUGUUGUGCUCUGGUUUGAUCCUGGGACCAUUCCAGCAUCAGAUCCAGUGGUUGCGGAAGUGUUACAUUGCUUUUAAAGAUUCAAUGAGCAACAAAUUAAGGCAAUAAGUGUGGGAAUUUGAAAUGCGACAGAACCCUGUUUACCAUAAUUAAACCCCCGGACUGGUUAAAUAAAUCAACUGAUUAAAAGGCAGCCUUUAUUGAACCCCAAACCCCAGUUGCUUCCUGUGGAUGUUAAUGGCAGUGUGACUCUCAGGGAAAGAGGUUUCAGGCACAGGCGGUACAGUGGUUAGCACUGUUGCCUCACCGCAAGAAGGUCCUGGGUUUGAACCCCAGGCCGUCCCAGGUCCUUUCUGUGUGGAGUUUGCAUGUUCUCCCCGUGUCUGCGUGGGUUUCCUCCGGGUGCUCCGGUUUCCUCCCACCAUCCAAAAGACAUGCAUGUUAGGGUUAAUACUCCUGUCUGUGCCCCUGAGCAAGUCAAUGGAAAGAAGAACUGGAGUUGGUCCCCGGGCACUGCAGGAUGGGUUAAAUGCAGAAGACAAAUUUCACUGUAAGAAUACAAUUCGUUGUAAGAAUACGAUGUUGUUAAAGUGGCUUUCAUUUCUUUCAUGCAGCACAUAAUCUGACUAAAGUUGUCAUGACAAAAGGGGUCAGUAUAGUUUGUUUUAUGUACUGUUUUUUUCUGUGAAAGUAGAGGCCUGGUUUAGAAUUGAGAAGAUAAGCACAUACCCCCAAAUUUGGAACGAAUUUUAAUGAUGGGUCUGUUUUUUAUUUUCCUUGAGUGUUGCUGCUCUUGCCAGAGGGAUACGCAUAUCAUCUGACCUGCUGAUCCUUUAUUAAAUGACACAUUUUCACCUUAGAAACUCACCACUGGUGUCUUCUGUGCAGGGCUAAUCGUGUGUAUAUUUGGAAGCAGGGCUUGUGUUAAAUACAUAGGCUGUGUAACACAGAUUACUCAAAAUGAAGCACAUAUAUUUGUUAACUGAAAUCCCCACUUUGAAUUGAGUAAUGACGUGAAGUUGGUAGAAUAGAAAAGAUGUAAUCUGUGGAAACGGGACACAGUGCUGCUGGUCAGCUAAGUGAGGGGGCUAAGGUUAGUUGGUUGUUCGCUGACUUCCUUUACUGAGAUUGUUUCCUUUUUAAAUUGAAGUUAAUAAAGAAAGAAAACGUUAGCAUCGGCAUUGCCAAAAUGCUCUGCCUUUAAAUUUACACAAACUACUGUAAUUUUUACACAUAUCUCUGCAUAUGACAUUGCUGCUGAUGUAAAACCACUGUCAUUUCAUUUACUAAGCAGUCUUAACAGCCAGACAACCCUUGAGGUUGUCAACCAUUAACCAAUUGAGAACGCAGUAUAAAUGCCAGAAAUGUCAUUAUGAGAGGAUGAAGUGCAUGUUUAAUUCCCAUUUUAAGCUGUUGAAACUAUCAAAUGCAACAUGACUCCGUCCCCACUUGCUCCUGUGUUGUUACAAAGGCUGCGUGUACAUAUAGGUGCAAAGGAUUGCAGUUUUGUUUAGUCAUGUGGCUGUAAUAAACAGAAAUCACUUUUUACAUGGUAUCUUCUUGCAUAUGCCAAGAAAACAGGUAAAAACGUAGUCUCAUUUUCGCUGGUAAAAACAAAAAAGACUGGGACCUGUCAUCAACAUCCAGUAGCUCCUAUUUGUUUUUGUUUGGGCUGGCUGUUCUGUCAACUUUGGGCAAUGUUUUUUCUAAAUAAAACCCCCAAAAAUAAAGUA